UUCUCGGGGUUCCGCAUUCUCUUUGUGACGUAAAGUUUUCAUCACGUGGCUUCUUACAACGCCCAAUCAGAGCACGGAGUCCUUUCAGGAUUGCAAUUCAAACUGUUUCCUUUGCCCAGUGCAAUCCCCUCUUGGAAUCAUCCCCGGGAAGUGUACCCAGCCUUUUCCCCGGGGGCGCAGCGGGGCGCUGCGGAGGGGGCAUGGAGCACCGAAUUAUUGGACCUGGGCCCUACCGCGCGACUAAGUUGUGGAAUGAAACAAUUGAGCUUUUUCGUGCUAAGAUGCCAUUACGGAAACAUCGAAGUCAUUUCAAAAGUUAUGAACAUUGUUUUACAGCCACAGAAGCUGUGAAUUGGCUACAUAAUCUACUUAGGCAUAACCAGAACUUUGGUCCAGAAGUGACUCGCAAACAAACGGUACAGCUGCUAAAAAAGUUCCUGAAGAACCAUGUUAUUGAAGACAUCAAGGGAAGGUGGGGUCAGGAAGAUUUUGAGGACAACCGACAUCUUUACAGGUUUCCUCCUUCUUCACCCCUGAAACCAUACCCAAAGAGAUCUCCCUAUAAAGCAAGUGUUGUCAAAUUCCCAGACUGGGCUGAUCAACCACCAGAUACUACCCAAGAAAACAUACCUGUCAGGCCUAUUGUUAUGAAUUCUGAAUCGUGGUACAAGCGUCACAGUAUCGCAAUUGGAGAAGUACCCGCCUGCCGCCUUGUCUAUCGAAGACAGCUGACAGAGGCCAAUGUAGAAGAGAUAUGGAAGUCUAUGACAUUAUCACACUUACAGAAAAUCCUUGAACUGGACUCCCUGGACGAAGUUUUGGAUCCCAAGCUUGUCAACUCAAAGUUCAUCAUCCACAAUGUGUACAGUGUUAGUAAGCAGGGAGUUGUCAUCCUCACGGAUAAAUCAAAAGAACUUCCUCAUUGGGUACUAUCAGCUAUGAAAUGUUUAGCAAAUUGGCCUAGUUGUUCAGACUUGAAGCAGCCUAUGUAUUCAGGGUUUGAAAAAGAUGUCUUUAAAACAAUAGCAGAUUAUUAUGGUCACUUGAAGGAACCUCUGCUCACAUUUCAGCUUUUUGAUGCCUUUGUCAGUGUGCUGGGUUUGUUGCAGAAAGAAAAAAUUGCUAUUGAAGCUUUUCAGAUUUGCUGUCUCCUUCUGCCUCCUGAAAAUCGGAGAAAGUUGCAACUGUUGAUUAGGAUGAUGGCGAAGAUCUGCUUAAACAAGGAGAUACCGCCACUCUGUGAUGGCCUUGGCAUGCGUACACUGAUGGUUCAGACAUUUUCACGUUGCAUCUUGUGCUCCAAGGAUGAAGUCGAUUUGGAUGAGUUGUUAGCUGCCAGGCUGGUGACGUUUCUGAUGGACAAUCACCAGGAGAUCUUGCAAGCUCCCUCUUCCUUGCAGAAUGCAAUAGAGGAACGUGUAGCCCAUUUGCGACGUGUACAGAUAAAAUACCCAGGAGCGGAUACAGACGCAACUCUGUCUGCUCCGUCAUUUUGUCGUCAAAUUAGUCCAGAAGAAUUCGAAUACCAAAAAGUGUGUGGUUCCCAAGAACCUUUAGCAACAUUGUUGGAGGAAAUCAUCACGGAUAACAAAUUGUCAGUCAAGGAUAAAAAGAAAAAAUUGAAACAGUUUCAGAAAUCCUAUCCUGAAGUCUACCAGGAACGAUUUCCUACACCCGAGAGUGAAGCUCUGGUGUUUCCAGAAAAAUCAAAACCCAAACCACAACUAUUGAUGUGGGCACUGAAAAAGCCUUUUCAGCCUUUUCAAAGAACCAGAAGUUUUAGGAUGUAACUCAUUUUAAAAUAAUUAAUGAUCUCUUUUUCAAGUGUAUGAAUUUGGAAGAGAGGGAAAUGCAUUUUAACUACUAAAAUGUAUAGAAAAGAUUGUCUGAUUUUUAAAAAAAUGUUAAGCCAUUAUCAGUAUUUUUAUAUCUUGAUUUCUAUUUUUAAAUGUACAGUUGGAUUCACAAUUAUAGGCCAAAUGUUGAUUUCUAUUUUUUUAUGUACAGUUGGAUUCACAAUUAUAGGCCAAGUGCUGUGUAGUAGAAUGAAACUGGAAAUUUUAAGAAUGAUGUGCCAGUUCUCUUUAGUCUCUUGUUUUAAAUGUUACUUUAAAUGUUACUUUUAAAAUGUUACUUUAAAUGUCACUGUACACUGAAUUGUGUAUAAGUGUGUGUGUGUGUGUGUAUGUGUUGUGUAUGUGUGUAAAAGUUAUUAGCUCUUGAGAUAUUUGUAAACAAGCUGGGAAAAAAUAAUUGUAUGUACUUGAAUGAGAACAAAACACUGGGUACUGUUACUAUGCUGUUACUGUCUCUACAACCAGAUAUGAUUUCUUUUUUCCAAAUUCUGUGAUUUUUCUUAAGUAUACAAAGGUUCUUUAAACUCUGUGUUGGUCCUUAGUUCUUUUAUCCUUGAUGUAUUUAUUGAGCAUCAACAUAGGUAUCAGUAGCUCCUCCCAUGACAUAUCAUUCAGUAUUUGUAAGUCUGCCUGAAAUAGGUGAAUUUGGAGUCUGGCCAAAGUUGAAAGUUUGAACAAAAUAAACUAUGCCAGGUACUCUCAGCACUGUAACUUCUAGUCAAAAUCUUUAAUGUUUUUCUGUGAAAAACAUAGAUGGGAGAAUGGCAAUGAGAAUGACUCCUUUCACAAAUGUAUUUUUCUGAGUCAAUGAAAAUUUAUUUUGGAAAUUGGCAGGGUAUGGAUGUAUAUACAGAUAUGUGAACAAUAAAAUGCAUUUUUCCUAUGGAGUUGUU